AACUUGAUAUUAUUUUAAUAAGUAUUUUGUAAGCAUUCAAAACUGGACGUGUGUCAGGCCUAUCUCCUCAUGUUUUCAUUUACCAUACCAGUAAUUACAUACUAAUGAUUCCGUGACGUCAUCUGAGUGUGAAACAUUUCAUUCGCAUUAUUGGUGCUAAAUUUUCGUUCCGAGCUGUUGAACCACUAUGCAUGUAAUAAAUGUAUAUUUAAAGACAUUGUCACCAUCAAAUUAUAAGAGAAAUUGUAUACCAUUGUUCUCCUUCCCGUUGUUAUAUUAUAAAUAGAAAGCAUUUUCCUUUUAACAUUCAUUGUUCACGAUGACACGAGUUUGGUUUUUCAUAUUUUUGUCACAUAUGUGCCAAAGUGUAGAUGUUAAUUUUAGUACGGGGAUAGCGAAAAAUAAAAAUUUCAGUAUAUUUCCAUUGAACCGAAGUUUUGUUAGGAAAAGUUAUCAAGAUCUAAGGAAAUCGGAAUCGCGUUUUUGGCCAGUGCAGAAGGAGGGCAGGUUUCUUUCCCUAUUUACGGUCGUAACGUUUCCAAAUGGCGGAUGCGCUGGCGCUUCGGGUGACAAUGGAACGUGUAUGGCUGCGCGUGAGUGCUCUUCCAGAGGCGGUUCGGCUAAUGGAUACUGCGCUAAUGGUUUUGGUCUCUGUUGUGUUUUUAUGACAUCUUGCGGCAGCACAUCAUCGGAGAAUGGUACAUAUUUUGUCAAUUCUGGAUAUCCCUCGCCGUAUGAUGGCACUGGCUCGUGUGAACUUACUAUAAACAAAUCACAUUCAACCGUCUGUCAAAUAAGAUUAGACUUCGAUCGCUUUGUGAUAGCCGGUCCGGAGAAAACGAACAACGUAUGUAAUAGAGAUCAGUUCAUUGUUUCUGGAGGUAACCCAGUGCCUGCUAUUUGUGGAACGAACCAGGGCAGUCACAUGUACAUUGAUGCUGGAAUAGGUACAACAAAUCCUGUUAAAUUGACAUUUGUCGCCGGUGGUACAUCGUUCGAAAGGAUAUGGAAAGUAAAAGUUACUCAAAUACCCUGUGAUACUAUUUAUAAAGCUGACGAGGGAUGCCUUCAAUAUUACACUGGAGUUUCCGGUCAAUUGCGCUCGUUUAACUACGACCCCACUUCUGGCUUACAACUGAGCAAUCAAGAUUAUGGUAUUUGUAUUCGAAUGGAAAGAAACUUUUGCGGAAUUCAAUAUACAGCUUGUCCGGACACAGUUAACAAUCGAUCCCGUUCAUUCACGUUAAGUGGCAACAGUAAUGGACCAGUUAACUCAAUGAUAGGUUCUGGAGUUGGACCAAAUAAUUGUGCCAACGAUUGGCUGUUAAUACCAUGUGCCGCAAAUGUUGGUAGAAUACAGCCAGCGCAAGCUUUAUGCACGGAUAGGAUUUGUGGUGGGACUUUCUCAGCUGAUUUGUCUAUGCAAUCUGCGUCGGUCUUGAGUACAGUUAAACCAUUCCGUCUUUGGUUUCAUACAGACAAUAUUGAAGCGCCGGUGGACGUCGACAAUAGAGGGUUUUGUCUGAACUACGUACAACAACCUUGCACAAACAAUGUUAUAUGAAUAAAUAGUAUGGAGACAG